AAAGCAGCGUAGUGUCUGUCUGCGUCCUUGGGAGUAUCAAGAACCCCAUGAUAGUUGCAGUCUUUACUCUUCAGUAGAGGAGAGAUUUUAUGCAGCCUUCAUUCACUCAUCACUGCUCUUUUCUCGUGAAAAUAUUGGCCUUACGUGUAAGAGAAGAACAAUUCCUCUUUUCUACCCUCACUUUCUCUCUAAAACCACCUGUAUUCAUUUCCAUCUUCUCUCUUUUCUUGCUUCUUUAAUCUGUACUUUCUUUCCAUUAGCAUAAGCUCUGUCUCCGGAGUCUUUUUCUUCUUGUUUUGUUUGGCUCUGUUUGAUAAAUUAAGAUGGCUGCAUUUACAUCCCAUGUUCUAUAAUGCAGGCCUCUUGUUAUGAUUCUUUUUGUUUUCUUCUUCUUGUUUUGGCUCUCUUUUCUCUUCCUUUGAUGUGGGUCUUUGGUUUUUUUUAUCGCAUUUCUUUGAUUCCCGCAUUUUAAUCAGCUCCUCAAUUUGAGGGAAUUUUUUCUUUUUUUGUUUUCUUUUGCUUUACAUUGCUUUGAUUCCACUUAAUCUCAAAUGGGUUUCCCAUGUUGAACGGUGCUUUGGGGUUCGCAUUUUUGGGCUUUUUCUUGGUGAAACUGAAAUCUCCUUGGUUGCUUUUUGAUCUUAAGUUUCGAUUCUUCAGUGAAAUGGGGGUAUUUUAAACUGUGAUUCUUUGAUCUAAAGAGAAAAAUAUCUUUGCGGAAGGAGUGAGAUUUUGUACAUAGUGAUGUUCUUCAGCUGGGGUGUGAAGAAAAUUUGAGUUCUUGCAUUAGAUAGAAGGACCCAAUAAUGGCAUUUUUAUGCUUGUUUUAUCUUUUGCUAGUUGGGUUUCUAUCAAAAUUUCAGACAGUGGCUGCGCAGGUCACUGAUCAGGAUACCAUGUUAGCCAUUAAUAAAGAGCUUGAAGUUCCUGGGUGGGGUGACAACGGCACAAAUUUCUGCAACUGGCGGGGCAUUGGUUGCAACUUGAAUCAUUCUUUGGUUGAAGGGAUAGCUCUUUCAAGGCUUGGCCUUCGAGGUAAUGUGACUUUGAUAUCUGAGCUCAAAGCUUUGAAGCAGCUUGAUCUUUCUGGCAAUAACUUUCAUGGUCCAAUUCCUUUGGCUUUUGGCAAUUUGUCUCAGCUUGAAUUUCUUGAUUUGUCUUUGAAUAAGUUUGAGGGUUUGAUUCCCAGGGAGUUGGGUGGGCUUAGAAGCCUUAAAUCACUGAACCUUUCCAAUAACUUGCUCGUAGGAGAGAUACCUAAUGAGCUUCAGGGUCUGGACAUGUUAGAAGAAUUUCAAAUUUCUAGUAAUAGCUUCAAUGGUUCAAUUCCAUCUUGGGUGGGUAAUUUAACAAGCUUGAGAGUUUUCACUGCCUAUGAGAAUGAAUUGGGUGGUGAAAUUCCUGAUAAUCUAGGUUCUGUUUCUGAGUUGAAGUUGUUGAACCUUCAUUCCAACCAGCUUACAGGGCAAAUUCCUAGCAACAUUUUUGCUAUGGGAAAGUUGGAAGUUCUAGUUCUUACACAGAAUAGAUUGAGUGGGAGAAUUCCUGAGUUAGUUGGAAACUGCAAAGGCCUUUCGAAUAUCCGAAUUGGGAACAAUGAUCUUGAAGGAGUUAUUCCAAAGGCAAUUGGGAAUAUUAGUAGCCUCACAUAUUUUGAAGCAGAUGAUAAUCAUUUAUCUGGUGAUAUUAUCUCUGAGUUUGCUCAGUGCUCUAAUCUCACCCUUCUGAAUCUGGCCUCAAAUGGAUUUAGUGGAGUUAUUCCUCCUCAGCUUGGACAGCUUGUAAAUUUGCAGGAAUUGAUUCUUUCAGGUAACAGUUUGUUUGGAGAUAUCCCAGAACCAAUUCUUGGAUGCAGGAGUCUUAAUAAGCUUGAUCUUAGCAAUAAUAGAUUAAAUGGGACUAUACCAAAUGACAUUUGCAACAUGUCUAGAUUGCAGUUCUUGCUUUUGGGUCAGAAUUCAAUAAAAGGUGAGAUACCCCGUGAGAUUGGAAACUGCAUGAAACUGCUGGAAUUGCAAAUGGGCAGUAACUAUUUGAGUGGAAGUAUCCCUUCAGAGAUUGGUCGAAUCCGGAACUUACAGAUAGCCUUGAAUUUCAGCUAUAAUCAUCUCCAUGGUUCACUGCCUCCUGAAUUAGGGAAACUUGACAAGUUGGUUUCUUUGGAUGUCUCCAAUAAUCAGCUUUCUGGUACUAUUCCACAAUCAUUCAAAGGCAUGCUGAGCUUAAUAGAGGUUAAUUUCUCAAAUAAUCUGCUCAGUGGCCCAAUACCUGCUUUUGUACUAUUCCAAAAGAGUCCAAAUUCAAGUUUUUGGGGAAACAAGGGGCUCUGUGGAGAACCAUUGAGCUUCUCAUGUGGAAAUUCUGAUGCUUCUGGUCAUGAGUAUUACCAUCACAAGGUUUCUUACAGAAUCAUAUUAGCUGUUAUUGGUUCUGGUUUGGCAGUAUUUGUUUCAGUAACUGUAGUCGUCCUCCUGUUUAUGAUGAGGGAGAGACAGGAAAAAGCUGCCAAAAGUGCUGGGGUUGCUGAUGAUGUAGCCAAUGACAUGCCCGCUAUAAUAGCAGGUCAUGUUUUUGUUGAAAAUCUCAGACAAUCAAUAGAUUUUGAUGCCAUUGUUAAAGCAACCCUAAAGGAUUCAAACAAACUCAUGAAUGGAACUUUCAGUGCAGUUUACAAAGCAGUCAUGCCUUCUGGGAUGAUAUUAUCAGUAAGGAAACUGAAAUCGAUGGACAGAACCAUUAUACAUCACCAGAACAAGAUGAUUAGGGAGCUUGAAAGACUGAGCAAGCUCUGUCAUGAUAAUUUAGUGCGACCUUUUGGAUAUGUAAUUUUUGAAGAUGUUGCUCUUUUGCUGCAUCAUUAUUUACCCAAUGGAACACUAGCACAGCUUGUUCACGGGUGUAGCAAGCAAUCUGCGUAUGAACCCGACUGGCCUACAAGGUUAUCCAUUGCCAUAGGAGUAGCAGAAGGAUUGGCUUUUCUUCAUCAUGUGGCAAUCAUCCACCUUGACAUUUCUUCAGGAAAUGUUCUUUUAGAUGCUAACUUCAGGCCCUUGGUUGGGGAGAUUGAGAUAUCAAAGCUCUUAGAUCCAUCAAAAGGCACUGCAAGUAUCAGUGCAGUUGCAGGUUCCUUUGGCUAUAUUCCCCCAGAAUAUGCAUAUACAAUGCAAGUUACUGCACCGGGAAAUGUCUAUAGCUAUGGGGUAGUAUUGCUCGAGAUCCUAACAACUCGACUACCAGUUGAUGAGGACUUUGGUGAAGGGGUAGAUUUGGUGAAGUGGGUGCAUGGAGCUCCAGCAAGAGGUGAGACUCCAGAGCAGAUACUUGAUGCAAAACUCAGCACAGUUUCGUUUGGCUGGAGGAGAGAAAUGCUGGCAGCUCUUAAGGUGGCAUUACUCUGCACAGACAGCACACCAGCGAAGCGACCUAAAAUGAAGAAGGUAGUUGAAAUGCUUCAAGAAAUAAAGCAAACUUGAUGGAAUUUUGUCAUCCAUGUUAUUUGCAUACUGAGCCUAUUGAUCGCGAUUCUGGUAAAUGGGUCAAUCUUAUGGAGAACUUUUCUAAAUAUGCAAAUUGAUUCGGAAAUUGUUGCCUAGAUGCUGAAGAGAAUUGUCUGUAAAUGUUGGUUCAAGAUUAUCUGUCUGCUUUCUAUGUAGUAAAAUGUUUAUGAACAAUGACAGAUUAAGAGCUUUUCGAGUUGGAGAGAAAAUAGGUGGUGGGUUAAUGAAAGAGUCUAAUUAGAUAUAUCUCUCCAAGAGGUUCUCUUGCAUAUUAGGUCGGCAAUUGUAACACUGAAGUUUCUGAUUUUUGAAAUUUCUGUUGGAAAUAUAUAUCAACAAUCAACUAUAGCUUCUC